CGGACUCCCUACCGAGAUGGCGCCGCCGUCACCACCUACGCCGGCGGCGAGGCUACUGAGGGAGUACGGCUGGGACCUGAUGCUCGGGUCGAUCGCCGCGUUCUACGCCGUCAUGGUGCCGUACACCAAGGUGGAGGAGAGCUUCAAUGUGCAGGCCAUGCAUGAUAUUCUGUACCACAAUCAUCACAUUAACAAGUAUGACCAUUUAGAGUUUCCUGGUGUUGUUCCUCGGACAUUUAUAGGAGCAUUGGUAAUAGCUAUUAUCUCAUCGCCUGCAGUUCUCAUAAUGCGUGUAGUUCAUGUUCCAAAGGUUUACAGUCUUCUAGCAGUUCGAUUAGUGUUGGGCUGUGCUAUCCUGAUGACUUUGAGACUUUUCCGUGUUGAGGUAAAAAGAAAGUUUGGUCACCAUGUUGAAGCAUUCUUUGCGAUACUAACUGCUAUCCAGUUUCACGUUUUGUUCUACUCGACUCGGCCCCUUCCAAAUAUAUUCGCUUUAGCUUUAGUUAACUUGGCAUACUCUUUCUGGUUCAAGGGAAAUUACCUGCGCACAUUACAGGCACUGAUUGUUGCAGCCACUGUUUUCAGAUGUGAUAUGAUUCUGCUUCUAGGUACAAUAGGGAUUACACUUUUGCUGAGCAGGUCCUUUUCUCUAUUGGAAGCCAUAAAGUGUUGCAUAAGCACCGCCGUUGUUUGCAUUGGUUUCACAGUACUAGUUGACUCGAUAAUGUGGCAGAGAAUCAUGUGGCCGGAAUUCGAAGUUCUCUGGUUUAAUUCAGUUCUGAACCGAAGUUCAGAAUGGGGUACACAUUCGAUCCAUUGGUACUUCACCUCAGCACUUCCACGUUCCAUGCUUGUGGCCUAUCCUCUUUGCUUGGUUGGUGCUCUUCUUGAUAGGAGGAUAGUCCCAUAUGUGAUUCCAGUGACCUUAUUUGUUGUACUCUAUUCAAAACUCCCACAUAAGGAGCUUCGUUUCAUAAUUGCCGCAGUUCCCAUGCUUAAUGUGUCUGCUUCUCUGGCAGCAAGCAGACUAUAUAAUAACAGAAAGAAAACUGGGUGGAAUUUCCUUUAUGUUCUCAUGCUUGGUGCCUUUCUUGUCAGUCUUGGAUACUCUGCUGUGAGUUUCAUGGCCUCCUACAGCAAUUAUCCUGGUGGCAAUGCUCUAAAGGCUCUACAUGAAGUAGAUAAUUCCACGAAGGAAAAAAUGGUUCAUAUUGAUGCCUUUACCGCAAUGGGCGGAGUUUCUCGUUUCUGCGAAAAUGAAUAUCCCUGGAGGUACUCGAAGGAGGAAAGCAUUUCCAUUGAAGAAUAUCAGACAAGAAAUUUCACCUAUCUGCUGAACGAGCACCACUACAUCAGCGGCUACAAGUGCCUGUUCGCCGUGGAAGGGUUCUCCAGAGCGAAAAUUCAGCUCCGGUUUCCACCGCUUUCCCUGGUGAAAGCACCGAAAGUGUAUGCACAUGGGAACACGGGAGAUCCCGAUAUCCUCUCGCUAGAUUGGCCCGGUUGCCCCUGAGGCUGAGGCGAAGAGGAUGCCUGCCCAGAUCUCUGUCACAGGACCACUAACUAACUACCAACAGUAGAAGAUGCCGAGCGAGCGUGCGUGAUUCAAGUGGAGCUCCUCCCAUUUCCAGCUCUGGAAGGUGCCAUCUUGUUAAGGCUACGAUACCGCAGUUUGGAGGUCAGGAAAAUCUUGGACGCAUGGAGUAUGGGUUUGGGCCUCUCCGUCCUUAUCUUAUCUGGCACUUGUUGUAGCAGUAGUAGACAAAUAAAGGAACAAGAGAACAAGGAAGAUGACACAGUCUCGCGACGGAAAUUUCAUUGAUGACAAAAUGUGAAGCCUUUGAACCUUAGUAAUGUAUGCUGUUUUAGCAGUCAUGGGGGUAUGUUGACAAUUGUUAACCUCCAUUGAUGCCAGUUUCCAAUAGACUUUGCGUUCCUCUUUCACCAGAUUCUUCCGCGAAGGGAAAACUGGUUCAUAUUGAUGCCUUUACCGUGAUGAGUGGAGCUUCUCGCUUCUGCGAAAAUGAAUAUCCCUGGAGGUCUGCUACUAGACCAUAAAGUUAUUGUAUAUGCUUGUAUAUUUGAUGCUCCCUGGCCGACAUAAAAAGGGCCCUCUUUUACCAACUAUUCUCUCACUUCUUUUAAGAAAGUGUACUUGUGAGUCCCUCUAUAUGUACUACAAUCUCUGAUCCAAAAUGUACGUUUAUUUA